AGUGCAAUGCAUUCUGACGUUUCUCUCGCUCACACAGCUGUUGAGGUUGAGGAGCGAAGCUUGCGCAGCUCUGCAUGAAAUUACUGAUAAUUCAAAGGCGCGCGCCGAGAACACCAUGCAUCCCGAUUUGGAACGGGUGUCCGUACCUUUCAUGUGCUGUCGGAGAAAACACUUUGCGUAAUUUACCCAGGAAUGCACCUUGAAGAAGGCAGCCAUUCUGGAGCCGAGCGCUUUAUUUUGAAACAGUGGGUCUUUUCCAGUCAGUUUCUGCUUCAACGAUCUGUUUUCAAAUAAGGAUGUACAGAAAAUCUAAUCAACCAUAAAAGGCUGGAGAUAUCAAAGUGGAAAGGUUACUGUAGGAAAUAAAGUGGGGACUGUGACUGUGCGUAUUCUGGUUUCUCCCAACGAAAGCAAGUAGUCUAUAUGGUUACGCGCACGUUGUGCUUUGUGAGAACAAGACAUCAACCAAUGGAAGAUGGUCCGGUUUGUUCUUUGUGCUUUAAUAUUAGCUUUGGCUGACUUGAAUUAAAGAAUAACUGUAGGCCUAUAUAACAUCCGUGGAAUUGACCGUUUAUUCCCCACCGUUCAAAUGCUGGAAUGGCUAGUGGUUUUGUGUAUUGUGGUUCUGGUGGCCGUUAUUUGGCCAGCUUCGAAAUAUUUUGGUACCCAGGGCGAGCCAGACGCACUCCUCCAGAGGCUCGGAAUUUCACGGCGGCAAACGAAGGAGAGGGUCUCGGAGAGGUGCGUCUCUGACCGGGAGGUCCCGGGGGACUGUGCUAAUGCCCAGACACCGGACUUGGAAGGUGAGAAUAAAGUUCCCGCUGUUGCGCUGAUAUGCAAACCCUCGGCGCUGGCCAACUAUCUCUUCAAACACUGCAGGACUUUCAGCAAUUUCACGGCGUGCACCGGAUGGACAUGGCGGGCGAGUGCGUUUCUUCAGACAGUCUACGGCGCGUGCUGGCCGUACAAGAGCCGGGUGCAUUUCGUGCGAGACUACUUGCAGUUGAGUGACGAUGGUCUCGUGGCACUGGACUGGGCAGUUUCGGUGGCGGGUGCGUCGUACCAGAAACGGAGGAGAACCUCGAGUAAUUCCACGAGUCCAAUCCUCCUCAUCAUACCCAACUCUUUCGGGAAAAUCACUAGAAAUGUGCUGAAGCUCUGUGAGGUGGCGUUGUCCCAUGGCUACCUACCCGUGGUGUUUAACCGGCGCAGCCACAACGCCACCCCCCUCAGCACCGUCAAGCUGCAGCAGUUUGGCGACCCAGGUGACCUACGCGAGGCCGUGCGCUACGUGCGCUACAGGCAGCCUGUGAGCCGGCUGUACGCGGUGAGCGAGAGCACCGGGUCCGGCCUCCUCCUCUCCUACCUGGGAGAGUGUGGUUCAUCCAGCUACGUGACGGCCGCCGCCUGCCUCUCGCCAGUGUUCCGCUGCCAGAGCUGGUUUGAGAAAGGACCCAUCUGGCCCCUACACUGGGCUCUGGUGACUUACCAGAGGAUAUGCCUCAGCAGGUACAGGACAGUGCUGGGUGAGACAGUGCACACAGACACCCUUUUCUCCAGCUGUUCCCUGCGUGGCCUGGAGGAGGUGCUGUUCUGCCAGCAGCCAGGCCCUAAAGGAGCCCUGGCCCUAGCAGCGGGCAGCAGUGGGGGAGCCUGGGAGGCCUACUGGGAACGCAAUGAACCCCUCCGGGACGUAGACGAAGUCGCCGUCCCCGUUCUGAGUGUCUGUGCUCAGGAUGACCCUAUCAGAGGAGACCCCCAGUCUACCCUACCCCUGGAACUCUUCGAGAGCAACCCCCACUUCUUCCUGCUGCUGACCACCACGGGGGGACACUGUGGCUUUAACACCCAGGAAGGGAGUGCUUUCUCUGGGGGAGUGACCGGUGGAGGGACCCCUGGGACUAGCUGGAGCCACCAGGCCUUGCUGGAGUUCUUCAGGGCCACCACAGACUUCAUUGCGGCAGAGGAGAGGGCUAAGCAGGCUGCCAGACGGAGGGGCCUGGGGGGUAGCAGCCAGGGCAAAGUCUUCAGACAUCGUAGUGUCAGUACCUGUAAGAGGCUGCCCGCAUGCUCACAUAAUAUACACACUAUCUACAACUGGCAGAGGUCUUAUACACGAUGAGCUGGGGUGAGGAUAUUGGAUAUUAUGGAUGAUAAGGGAUUGAUAUUAUGGAUCAGAAGGGAUUGAUAUUAUGGAUGAUAAGGGAUUGAUAUUAUGGAUGAUAAGGGAUUGUAUCUGCAGAACAAGAGAGCUUUGCAUUUAAGGGCUGAAAAUUAAUCUGUGUGUCCCAGCCACCUGGGUAAUUGAUGGAACAGGGUUUCAUCGACACACACACACUCUCAGAAAUUGAGGAUGAACACUUCAAAACACACUAGGGGUAACCAGAAAAGCCUGUGUGUGUGUGUUUGUGUGCGUUUGUUCCCGCCCGAUGACUGUCCAAAAAUGCCCAUCUGGACACUGGACUGCCAGUAUUUCUCUGACGAGCCAAUCAGAUUCAAGAGGAAAAUUUGUGUAAUGAUAUUGUGAUAUUUUGCUGAACUGGGUGGAACCUGUUGGGUCUGUGGGUUUUCCCACAUGUUGUAAUUCAAACUCUGACUGAGGUUUGUUGAAUGUAGCUGGAAUUUACGACUUUGAAUUGGCACGGUUAGUGACAUGAUGAUUUUCAUGUAGAUUUCUCAACAAUGUUAAACCUCUGUUAAAUGUGUUAAAUGAUGUGAAUGAUUGGUAAGGAACAAUGUAAUAAAACAAAACUAUGAGGGAACAUGUAUCAUGCAAG